UAAUCGUAAGCAUUCCAAAAUUAAGCGCGCAAAUCGAUAAUCGAAGAUUUUUCGAAUAUUCGAUUUUGGAUUUAAAUCGAAAACGAGUGAGAAGCCACAUUGAGAAUCUGAUAUUCUUUUUCGUCGAUCAGGCACCAAGCUUUUCAAACUACGUCCCUAGCCCUCGUGCAACAUGGCGAGAUACAUGACGAUGCUUGAAAUAAUCCCAGAUCAAACUGCUUCGUCUGAAUCGCGUCGUUUCUCGGCGAACCCCGUCGUAGUCGGGGGUCGCACUUUCCCCGGAAAUUCCGAACAAACACCCUGGCCGGCGAGCUCGAGAGCGCCGAAAGCGUGCUAAAAGCAUCCAGGAAAUGCGGAAGCAGAGGGGUCGGACGCACGCGGACACGUUCUCGGUCGGGCGGCGCGUUUCGCUGCUGACUCGAGCGGAAUUCUGCGGCUAUCCGACGCCGUGCGGCGGACACUAGUCAACAGUACCAAUCGCGGACGAUCGGCGGCACGGGAAGAUGCUCUACCUCGAAGAUUACGUCGAAAUGAUCGAGCAUCUUCCACAAGAGCUGAGGGAUCGAUUUACCGAAAUGAGAGAGAUGGAUCUAGGAGUACAAAAUUCUAUGGAUAGUCUGGAGAAGAAAGUAAAGACAUUUUUUUGCAAUGCUAAGAAAAUGAAACCCAGUGAAAAGGAAGCAGAAUAUGAUGCUAUUAGAAAAGAAUACUAUAAGACCUUGGAAGAUGCUGAUGAAAAGGUACAUCUAGCUAAUCAGAUGUAUGACUUGGUAGAUAGGUAUCUGAGGAGACUCGAUCAGGAAUUACAUAAAUUCAAAAUGGAACUGGAAGCAGAUAAUAAAGGUAUCACUGAGAUUCUGGAGAAAAGGUCUCUGGAGUUGGAUCAGCCGGCCACAAAUAGCAGCCAAAAAGAAAAUCGUUACAGUUUUACUCCUAGCAGAACGCGGGAUAAUCACAGCCAUUCUCGGUCAGAAAAGCGACGAGACUCCAAUGCAUCUUCUACGUCAGUCGAAAAGAGACUAGCGAUCGAGAAAUUGCCCGCAACCACAAAUCUGUCAGAAUCACAACCGGCGUCAGCGAAUUCUACACCUGUUAUCGCAGCGAGCAGUGUCGCACCAACACCGACAGCGAUUGCUAAUUCUGUAGGAUCAGUGUGCUAUAAUCUCGGCCACAUCGGCGCCGGUGGUAAUGCUAUUGCAGCAGCUGCAUCACAAGCGAUCGCGGCCACGCAAUCAAUGCAACAGGGUAGACGCUCAGCCAGUCUAAAAGCGAGUUAUGAGGCCAUCAAUACCGGCGGUGUACACGCCGCAGAAUUUAGUAGAGAGCUGGCUGGCGCGGCGCAAACGGCCAUCGCCGCUAUUCAGGAAACCACAAAAAAGCAUAAAAAAAAAGUGGCAGCUGCCGUGCCGAGUUCGAGCGUGAUCGCAGCCACGGUCCAGCAACCUGUGUCACCACCAGUGGUAACCACAACCACGCAAGUAGUGGAUGCAGACAAUCUGGAUUGGACAUGCGAUCCAAAUGAACCACGUUAUUGCACGUGCAAUCAAGUAUCGUACGGCGACAUGGUUGCUUGCGAUAAUUCAGACUGCCCCUUCGAAUGGUUCCAUUAUCCAUGUGUGGGCAUCACUGCACCGCCUAAAGGAAAAUGGUACUGUCCUCGAUGCACAUCCGCAAUGAAAAGACGCGGUGGACGGAAGAACUGAUUAGGCGAGACAAAGGAAGAAAAGCUAUGGAAUCACGUUGACCACAUUAAGAAAACAUUGCUGUUACUACCUCUUAGACAUUGUCCGUCGAGUACCGACUUAGUUAGGAAGCCGUCAUUAGCUAUGAUUUUGUAUAACUUUUUUAAUGUGCUGUUUUGAAUCUGCGUUGUCGUUAUUUUGAUUUUUGGUUUUUUCCUUUUCACGAUCGAUCAAGUAUAUACAUAGAAACGAAGUAUAUACAUAGAACGACAAUGUUAUUCUACGAAGGUAUUGAAGUACAUUUAAAGAACAUACAUCAAAUUGAAAAAUUUCACAAACAUCUCAAUGUAUUUCACGUAUUACUGUCACUUCUGUGUAACAAAGAAGAAGUGAAUGGAAAUGGAUAAGAUAAUUCGAAAAAUCGGAUUUUCUUUGAUGGGUUCGGAAAAUCGAGUGCUUCUCGAAAACUUAGAUUUAGAUUUUAUCUAUUUAAUAAAGAGAACAUUGUCCAACAAAUUAGAUUGUAAAUAAGUAAGAAAACUCCAUUUUUUAAAUAAUUUUAGAUGAGCUUUAGUUUAAUAAAAACUUAAUUUGUGUAAAAUUGGAAUCUUAAACGUUGAAAAUGAAAACUUUUUCGAUAAAACAAAUAAAUCGAAUGUUAAUCUCGAAUUCAUCUAAAAAUAGCGAUUUAUUUUGAAGCCAUUUUAUAUAAAUAUUUCUGAGAAAUUAAUUUCGAAAACGGCAUUGUAAUGAAUUGGUGUAAAUAUAAAGUUAUCCGUGCAGUAAGACUGACGUCGCCAGAAUUAUUAUUCACAUUCUUUCAAAUUUGUCAUCAUUUUCAUAUCCAUAAGCACAAUUCGAUCUAUUCUUUAAUUUUCCUAAUCUAAUCUUAAUUUUCCUUUCUUUGUUAUAAAAUGAUUAUAUCUAGUUUGACGUCUAGUUUGAUAUUUUAUUUCGCGCAUAAAAAUAUCAACUUAAAAUUUAUUUAUAAUUAAAUUUUCUGAUCCCUCUUAGACGCUUAUUAUGUUAUGAAGACAGUCAAUUAACUUCAGUCCUUUUACGUUCAUGUACUAUUGCAGCAAAAAUGAAAAAAAAAA